UCGAGAAAUGGUGUGGUUGAUAGACAGCUUCUUCCUGUCUGAUUUAUAUUGUCACUGGUGAAUGGUCUGAUUUUCACCUUUGGUGCCUAUUUCUGUUCUUUGAUUCUUGCUACAGAAACAAGUCACCAGGCCCUUCAGAACAUGCCCAAAGUGCUCCGUGAUGUCGAAGCUCUUAAACAGGAGGCAUCUUUUCUGAAAGAACAAAUGAUUCUUGUCAAGGAGGACAUUAAAAAAUUUGAACAGGACACAUCGCAGUCAAUGCAGGUGUUGGUAGAAAUCGAUCAGGUGAAGUCCAGGAUGCAGCUUGCUGCCGAGUCCCUUCAGGAAGCAGACAAGUGGAGCACGUUGAGUGCUGACAUUGAGGAGACAUUCAAGACUCAGGAUAUAGCUGUGAUUUCUGCCAAGCUAACAGGCAUGCAGAACAGCUUGAUGAUGCUUGUUGACACACCAGACUACUCAGAAAAAUGUGUGCACUUGGAGGCCUUGAAGAACAGACUGGAGGCCUUGGCCAGCCCCCAGAUCGUGGCAGCAUUUACCUCACAGUCUGUAGAGCAAUCCAAAAUGUUUGUGAAGGUGUUCACUGAAAUUGACCGGAUGCCCCAGCUUCUGGCCUACUACUACAAAUGUCACAAGGUGCAGCUUGUUGGAGCCUGGCAAGAGCUGUGCCAGAGCGACCUCCCCCUGGACCGGCAGCUCACCGGACUCUACGAUGCCUUACUGGGAGCUUGGCACACGCAAAUUCAAUGGGCUACGCAGGUUUUUAAGAACCCCUACGAGGUGGUGACUGUGCUGCUGAUUCAGACCCUAGGGGACUUGGCGCCCUCUCUGCCCACGUGCCUCGGCUCCAGUGUGGAGCAGGCGGGGCCCGAGCUGGAGCUUCCCAAGCUGCUGGAGCUGUAUGCCGCCACUGCCCACUUUGCCAAGGGGCUGGAGAUGGCACUGCUGCCCCACUCACAUGAGCACAACCCGGUGAAAGUCAUGGAGCUGGUGGGUGCUGUUUACAGUCCAUACAAACCCUACCAGCUCAAGUACGGCGAGAUGGAAGCCCAGCACCUCCUCAUCCAGAUCAGUGCGGUGCCUCUGGAGCACGGGGAAGUCAUUGACUGCGUGCAGGAGCUGAGCCACUCUGUGAGCAAGCUCUUUGGCCUGGCAUCUGCAGCUGUUGACAGAUGUGUCCAAUUCACCAACGGCCUGGGGACCUGCGGCCUGCUGACAGCCCUGAAAUCCCUCUUUGCCAAGUAUGUGUCUGAUUUCACCAGCGCGCUCUACUCCGUGCGAAAGAAGUGCAAGCUGGACGACAUUCCUCCCAACUCUCUCUUCCAGGAAGACUGGACAGCCUUCCAGAACUCCAUCAGGAUAAUCGCCACCUGUGGAGAGCUCUUGAGGCAGUGCGGGGACUUCGAGCAGCAGCUAGCAAACAGGAUUUUGUCCACAGCCGGGAAGUACCUGUCUGAUGCCUACAGCCCCCGGAGCCUGAGCGGGGUUCAAGACAGCCUCCUGACAGACAGGAAGAGCUCUGCCAAGAACCCGUGGCAGGAAUAUAAUUACCUCCAGAAGGAUAACCCUGCUGAAUACGCCAGCUUAAUGGAAAUACUUUAUACCCUCAAGGAAAAAGGGUCAAGUAACCACAACCUGCUGUCUGCCUCCAGAGCAGCCCUGACCCGGCUUAACCAGCAGGCCCACCAGCUGGCUUUCGACUCGGUUUUCCUGCGCAUCAAACAGCAGCUGCUGCUCAUCCCGAAGAUGGAAAGCUGGAACACCGCGGGCAUUGGAGAGACCCUGACGGAUGCCCUGCCCACCUUCAGCCUCACCCCUCUCGAGUACAUCAGCAACAUUGGGCAGUAUAUCAUGUCCCUCCCCCUGAACCUGGAGCCAUUUGUGACCCAGGAGGACUCCGCCUUAGAGCUGGCGUUGCACGCAGGAAAGCUGCCAUUUCCUCCUGAGCAAGGGGAUGAAUUGCCCGAGCUGGACAACAUGGCUGACAGCUGGCUGGGCUCGAUCGCCAGAGCCACGAUGCAGACCUACUGUGAUGUCAUCCUCCAGAUCCCCGAGCUCACGCCACACUCCACCAAGCAGCUGGCCACUGAUAUUGACUACCUGGUCAAUGUGAUGGAUGCCCUGGGCCUGCAGCCCUCCCGCACCCUCCAGCACGUCGGGACGCUCCUGAAGACCAAACCUGAGGACUACAGACAGGUCAGCAAAGGCUUGCCCCGGCGCCUCGCCACCACGGUGGCCACCAUGCGGAGUGUGGACUACUGACCCAAGCCUGCCCAGAGGGUUGGGGCUGCAGCUCCGGGUCAUGCAGCUCUCCAGAAUGGCUUUGCUGUAACUGCCCGGGAGUGGGCCAGAUUGGUAAAGACUUUCAUUUGUGAUUAAAAAAAAAGCAAAACCCAAACAUUGUAAAUCAGAGGUAUAUUAUUUAUUAGAGAAGAAUUUUCAGGUGAUUUUUCUAAUCCAGUCUUGGAAAUGGAGUUAAUAAAUACAGUGGAAUUCAAGAA